AUGAACGCUUCCAAUCAGGAAGCUGGGCAAGGCCAGAAGAGAAUCCCUACAAUCCAAGAGAUGGAAAGUUGGAACUAUAAGCAAUUGCUCGACUGGAUACGGCAAAUACAACCAAACAUUUUCUGCGAUGACGAGGACGUUGUGACAUUCAAAGCGGCAAAAAUCAAUGGCUUCGCCUUUUCGAAGUGUGCUGAGGAUCUAGACUUUUUCAGAGAAAUUCAUUUGCCCCUUGGAGUCUACAGGGCUCUUGCGGCUCUUGCGAGUGAAUUCAGCAAACAGAACGAUCAACCGAACCGGACAGCCGGCCAAAAGAGGAAAGGGGAUGAAACAGAUUUAUCGGAAGAGUCGCCCAUUUCAAAAAGACGUCAAAAAGAUAAGGAUAAAGAGAAAGUCAUACUGACACAAUUAGCCACUAAAGCGAAUAAGCGAAGAAGGGCUAUUAAGGAUAUGAUUACCCAUAUGAACGACUCUCCUAACCAGCAUUCUAAUUCCGUCGAUCCCCUUCCUGAAGUUGUCGAUAAACUUUCCGAUCCAACAUCAAAUCACACGCUCGACUUCCCAUUUAUCGGUAGUAUACCAGAACGAUUUAAUGAGCCCGAUAUAACUGAAGGCAAGUGGCUAUAUAUGGGGAGAACAAUGUUCAAAGACUUCCUCCACGAGGUAAAGAAAGUGCGAAAGAGUCGCGCUUACGAGAUAUGCUGGCUCUAUGGAACCAAGGGCUUUGGGAAGUCUCACCUUCUAGCCGCCCUCGUCUGCUACUUUGCUGCUCAAGAUGAACGAGUCGUUUAUCUACCGGAUUGCCGGUGCCUGCUCGACGAUCCUGUUUCCUACGUCAAAACAGCAAUGCUGUUGGCUUGGGCUGACGAUUUCACUACUCAAAAGGAGAUUAUGGCCCUACGCACUCAAGAUCACAUCAAGGACUUCUUCGGCAGUCAAGAAAAUGUCAUAUUUGUCGUUGAUCAAAUGGAUGUUUUAAUGAGUGAUAACAUUCGAAAUAGGAAGAUGGCCCUAACGCUAUAUGACUGGGUGAUCGGGUUCACCUCUUUCGGUAAAUCAAUUCUCAGUUCCUCUGCUAAUUGUACGACGGGCCUCGAAGUGUUCAGAGAUCAGAACGCGAGCCAGGUGGUACGCGUCUAUGGCGGUUUCAGUGAGACGGAAAUGGAGCAGUGGUGGGAGCAGCAUAAGGACAUUGAUAUAGGAGGGUACUCCCGGAAUGAGGUUGAAGACGUUACGGGCUGCAUCCCAUUGCUCUUAAACCACUGCAUCGUGAACAGGAAGUUUGAUUUGACGGCCCCCAAAUUGAUCGAAAUCUCUAACGAAUCUGUGGCGUUUGCGCGGCGGAUCAAGUCCACUGCUACGAAGUAUGAUUGGGAGUGGUAUUGCGACUACGUGAAGGCUUGCAUUCAUAACUGGCCUGUACCAUUAGGAUGGACGGGAUACAUCGAACUGAUCGACCAUCGAUACUUUUACCAGCGUUACCAGGAUCACGACUACAUUGGGAGAUAUGCCUGCGGUAUAGUUCGCGACGCUGUAGCAAAUCAGCUUCUCGAGUUGGAUGCUAAGUUUAUCAAGAUCAACUUUCUGACUUCAUUGAGCGAUUUUAUCGACAAUCGAUCUAACGUCGGGUUUAGGGUGGAAUACGCCAUCCUCGCAUCCAUUCGCUCACAAGGUUUGAAGGCUUGCGGGGCGGGUAACGAAGGUAUAAACUUCAGCUUCUUUACGAGUCAACGCGAUAUUCAGUUCGAUAUCCGCGAUAAGCCGGUACUUCAUCGCCCUCGACAGAUCAAUUACGAGACGAUAGAUGGAAUGAUUACCUUCGUCAAGACCUCUAAAAGAACCACUAAAGAGGAAAAGCCGAAAUUAUUCCUCUUCCCCCUCCAGAUCACAGUGAGAAAAAAUCACUCGAAGUCUCAUCAGAGAUUCUUGGAUGAAUACAGCCAAUGGGCCGAGCAACAACUAUUGACGUUUGAUAUUGAACUCGAAUUCCUCUGGAUUACGCCAAAUAAGCGCGACGUCAAAGAACACCCGGUCUAUUCACCGUGGCCUAGACAUAAAGAGCGUUGUAUUCCUUUCUCGGAGGUUAGCACGGAUAUCUGGAUUAAGUACCAAGAAGAAGUAGAGGAAGCUAAAGAAGAGAAAGGAGACGAUAAAGAGGAAGAGGAGAAAGCCGAGAAAGAAGUCGAAGAAGACCAAAGAAGUGGGACGCAUAGCACGGUCUAA